AUGACUUGUGAAGGUGAGAGAAUGAGGUGGUUAAAUACAAAGAAAAACCACUUUAAAGUAGGACAAGUCAUUUUCGAAGUCAUGAAAAUUAUGUACCAAUACAACCUCUUAGAAAGGGGAGUUACGGUUUGUUGCAUGUUGGAAGAGUUGAAUAAUCUCCAUUCAGUGAACAUAGUUCAUCGUAAUUUAAGACCGGCAAAUCUUUUAACAAAUGCAAAUUCCGAUCUGAAAAUAUGUGAUUUUGGCCUAUCAAGAUCCUGCAAAGGUGAAGAUGAAUCGUUCUUGACAGAGAAUGUAGUAAUGCGCUGUAUAGUUCAUCGUGAUUUCAAACCAGCAAAUCUUUUAAUAAAUGCGAAUUCCGACCUGAAAAUAUGUAAUUUUGGCCUAUCAAGAACUUUCAAAGGUGAAGGUGAAUCGUUCUUGACGGAUUAUGUAGUAAUGCGCUGGUAUAAAGAACCCGAGUUACAAAUUAAAUUUAUCAUCAACUUUCUUGGAAGCCCUAGUGAAUCUGAUCUCGCCUUCAUAAAAAAUCAAAAUGUUGUUAAGUUCAUCGAAGGAAUGCCUUAUUCAAAUGGGGUUCGAUUGGAGGACGAAUAUCUUUGGGCUGAUCCUUUGGCCUUAGACUUGUUGCGAAGGAUGCUUGUUUUGAACCCAACAAAGAGGAUUACAGUCACAGAAGCGCUUCGACACUCUUACAUGGCAGACUUGCAUAUUCCAACUGAAUAUCCCCCUCCUCAAAGGUCUCUUGAUAUCGAUAUUGAGGCAGACGUAGGGGAGUCAUAUCUAAGAGAGUUGAUUUGGAGAGAAAUGGUGUUUUAA